UACCUCACCAUUAAACCCAGUGGACAGUCCGCCAUAGCCAUUGCUUUUCCCGAAUAAAAUCAAUACCCCACAACACAGGAAGCAGUACUUCUUCAACAGAUCCCCAUCUCACUUCGCUUUCAAAUUCUUCUCCAUGAAUCAUUACUCAAGAAAUCACAUUCCUGCCUUCGGUAGUUGGGAUUUCAACGACGAUCUUCCAUUCACACAAUGUUUUGAAUCCGCCAGACAAGCCGGUUUGAUCCGUUGUAGCUACUCCGGAGAUCGCGAUCUCUACGUAGCCGGUGAUUUAUACGAGAAUAACAUCGUCACUCCCGCCAUUAUCGUCGCUCCUCGCCGGAGAGUAACUAGGUACCCAAAGGAAGCGAAAAAUGCGUACGACAGUGAUAAGAAGGAACCACCGAGCCCUGUGAGUGUAGCAACACCGACCGGAGCAUGGAGCGGGCAAGUGAAACCGAAGGCUGUGGAUGAGGACUUGUACAAGAUCUCGCCGGAGCUCCUCCGUCUGAAGCCCAGAAGGAAGAGGUGGGGAUUGUUUUCUACGUGCAUGUCUGCAUAAUGUGAAUCAAGAAAUUGGAAUUCAAGUUUUAUGUGAUUCGAUCUGUGUUGUUUUUGGUUGGAAAAUAAGAAGAAUUCCAUCGAAUGGAACUACAAAAUUUCAUCAUGUAGAUGAACUUAUUGGUGGAAUUAUAAUCUAAUCAUUCACAUCAAAUUAAGAUGGCCCAUAAAUAAGUAAAUGUAGGUUGAAUGGCUAUUAGAUGAACCCUCUCUUAUAUGUAAUAUUAUGAACACUAUAAGAUGAAGAAAAGGGUUAUGUACUUAUGUAUUUGUUGGGAGACUAGAAACGAUAUUUCUUGAUGAAGUUAUGUUGAUUA